AUAGUACUCCCUUGACACAGCUAGGUAGACCGGAAGGGCGCCAUUGGCAGGUGCAAAAAGGAAACAAACCUCAAAUAUGGGGAUUAUGAGAAAGUUUCUCUGUUGGGAACUGCGAACAGCAAGUUACAUAGGAUUCUACGUAGUUGUGGUAACAGCAUUCUUUGCAGUAAUUCUGAGAGCUCUGGACCUAGCUGCAUUUGAUGAUGAUUCCUUUGAAAUUAGCCAGGGUUUUCAUUCACUGUGGAAAUCACAUCAGUGGCAAGCAUUCCUUGCCAGUGAUAUUGUUCUCAUUGCCCUGCACAUAAUCUUCAUAUUCUUCUCUGUGUACAUGGCCUUUCAAGUCAAGAGACAGCACAGCAUCUUGUACAUUAACCUGCUGAGGCGCUACACCUAUGCCUUCAUGAUAUACGUCUUCAUUGAGUUUUGCUUCUCCGUGUUUGAGUUCUCCUUUUAUGGCAAGAAUAGCUUUAGACUGGCCUUCGUUGUGUUUAUUUGGCUCUAUUGGUUGAUAAAGUCUGUCAUAUACAUCAUCUUCAUGAUUGUUCUGUACGCUCGUUUCGAGGAGAUGGAAGAUAAAAUAGCUGAGGAGAGGAGAUUCCUGUAUGUCGAGAAGCACAAGCACUCGUAUGAAAGAACAUGAAAACAUAGAUUUCCCCAAGUAAUAAACUGGCAUAAAUUACACUGGCCCAAAAAAGAUAUUUAACACCGGCUAGAUAUUUAACAUGGCUAAUGUUUUUAUACUGAAUUUAUUAAUUUAAUAAAAAAGAAAAGCGUGCUGUUUUAUUUCCAGCUGUUACAUUUGAUUGAGUGGGACUGAUGAAAAGAUUCAAAAUACUAAAACAUCAUUUGAGUGAAAUUAUAAACACUCUAAUAUUAGUGACUAAACAUGGCCGUAAUAAAAGAUAUCUUUUAUGAUUUAGUGUCAAUCUGUAUAUUUUGCGGAUGUAGAUCAGUUGAUUAGAAUGAAUCCCAUUUUAAUAAAUACAAAGAUGGGUUGUUUUUACAGAUGUAAAUAUUAUGCAGAUGUCAAAGAUUUCCGUAUUAAGUGUUUCAUGGUUAACUCGUAAUUAAACAUAUUUAUUUAAUAAAUAUCAAAAUUUGUAAUAUACAUGCAUAAUAUUUUGCGAUUAUAAUCAGUAGAUCAUUAUUUUCAUGUAAUGAAAUUAGGUUUACUCUAAUUAAAUAUGUGGUUACCAAACACUUUUACAAAGUUUUAAAGAACAUGUUUGACAGAAUGUUUCCUAAUAACUCACCACAAUUUAGUAAUAAAUGGUCAUCUUUCACUGAUGAUUCAUAGUAAUAAAAUCAUUUGGUAUUGGGAUAUUGCUCUUUUCUUGUUAUGUUCAGGUUUUUAAAGAAUAACUCAUGAAUGUUCUACAAAAAAUGAACAGUCUAUUAUUUUAUUUUAUUUGAUAUGCGCUUAAUUCAUUUACAAUAAGUCUUCAACAACAUUUGCAAUAUAUCUACUACAACAAGGAUAGAAGUUUUGAUUGACCUUCUAUUUAUUAAUGUUAUACAGUACCAAAGGUAAAUGCAACUAUAACAAAUAUGUUAUUAUAGUUUAAUGUAGAUGUGUUGUUAAGUGUGCAUGUAAAUCAGGGAAAAUCCAGGUAUUGUCCAAAUUUACUAUUCUAUUACUAUGCACAUACAUUAUGAACAGAGUAGUCUAGUGAAAAAACAACAAAUCAUUGUAUUUCAUGCUUAAGCUAUUCUGCUUUUUGGUAUUUUAAGCAAACUAAGCCAGUUCUGAAUAUCUGUUUCAAGCAUAAAAUGGCAUACAUAUACUCUCAACCAAUCGGAAGCAAUGUUACUGAAUUGGCUAUUCAACAUGGAAACCACUGAUGUUGCUUACAGUUGUUAUUUAUUAAUUGAAGAAUGACAGCUAGCAAAUUAGAACUGGUUCUAAUUUUAAGUGAAGUUAUAUUUUUUGAAACCAGUAACAGAUUCAAGGAUUCCUAGGAGGUUAGCGUAAGUACCAGCUAAGCUGACAAAUUUUACAUGUUUUAGACAAACAUAAAUCUAUAAUAUUGUAAAUACUAAUUAUGUGAGAAUAUCAAGAUUUGUUUUAUUGUUAAAGAUUCUUUGGUAUAGGAUUAAUUGGUUUGAUAUAUUCCUGUUAUGACAUUCAUAAAACUUCAGUUUGUUCAAAAUGUUGUCAAGUGGAUUUGCCUUAAUUUGCAUGGAUGCUUCACAUACAGACUGAUGUUGAGGUUGUACCCAGAUUGUGCUUCCAAGUAUGUAGAGCACCAAUUGUUUUUUAAAUGCAUCUAAAUCUUGUUCGCAGCACUUCGGCUUCCAUUCAUAACUUGAUUGUGUACACUGGAGUAUCAGCAGGGUUUUAAAAAAAAAAAAAAUUAUACAUAGGUGCAUUUCCUUUUCAUCUUUAUCUGACCUCUCUGGUAGGUAGAAAGGUGAAAUUAAGUAUUUUCAAAAAGAAAAAUCACUUUUAAAGUUUGCUGCAUUUUACUUUUCAGUGUGUUUAUUUCUACUUUGUUGUGUACCGUAGCUGUUACUAGUCAUAUCUUUUGUACCUUCCAUAACUAUUGUUUGUAUAAAGAAUCCAUGUUGCAUACUUUUUAAGCAGAUCUGCUGGAUUAUCAUGUAGUAUCUUACUUGUAGAUAUAUUUUUUAUUGGUUAUGUGUCAUAAUAUACAAAUUUUGAAAGGGAGAAUAAACCAAAUUUGCAUUAAUCCAAAUAACCUUGGGAUUACAUACAAACAUUUGGAUAUUAAAUACUGAAUAUUUUGGGUAUGUGGAAUACCAAGUAAUAUAAGUACAUGUACAUUAUUUGUCAAUAAUGGUUACAGAAGGGUUGUACUCUGGUAUAGGACAAAAUUUAUAAAGUGGAGAAAUACGUAGUUUAAUAUACAUGUAAUAGUAUAUAUUUAAAAUAAACAUUCCAGUUUGAGAAAUAUUUAAUUAAAAUACAUAUAUUUUUACAUUGCUUUUGGUGUUCUUUUUAUAUACUGGUAUUAAUGCCUCUCAUUAGCUGUACAUCAUAUAUUUCAUUAAAAGUAAUUGUGUACAUUCCAAUUAAUAUUUUUACCAUAUAUCAAUUUUAUAGAAAAUAAAAAUAUACAUAUUAA